AUGAAGUUUCUCGUCACUGCUGGUCUCACGUCGUUCCGGCCUGGGAAAGUCCAGCCAACAUACAUCUCUUUCAGUGAUGCCAGCUCCGAUAUUUCUGCCUCGUUGACAAGUCCAGAUACAGUGGAUGUGUGGAUAUGUGACGGAGAAGAAUCGACUGGUGAACUGAUGGACCAGUGGCUUGGCCAAGCUUGUCAUGUACCCAAGUCAAUGCUGGUGCGAGAUGCUGCCAUGAUACCUCGCCUACAGCAAUAUGCCAAGGGCCGCGUGUUUGAUAUAGCCACGUUUCCAGAACGAUCUUCCAACACUUCCACGAGAGAUUGGGAUGAGGCCAUAUUACAUGACGCGGAACUCCUCUACGCUCGAGCCCGCGCCGAAGCUGGAACGCAGCGGGUGAGACUCAACAGAAUAAACGGAGAUGUCCGCAAGACGACUGUUCUUCUAGUUGGUGCGGGCAUCAUGAAUCUAAUCACUGCACGACUUCUGGCCAAGAAUGGCUACCAGGUACGCGUUGUAGACCAAGGUCCAGACCCACGAUGCUGCGGACCGAAAGACUGGACUAGCUUGGGCGUCACCAGCGGCGGUCACAACGCUCGCAUGUUCACUCACACGGAGGCGGACAAUUACAAUGAGCAAGGCAGCCAGAUAUACCAGGAUAUGCAGUCAAUCUUCCGCAAGACUGUGAGCAACGGCGGAUGGAGCGUCAAGUUGCCCAAGGACUUCUCUGCCGCCGAACAUGCCUGGGUGGACGCUUUCCAACGCGUGCCAAGCUGGAUGGCGGCGACAUUCAAGAAGAACAUACACGGGGUGAACUGUGAGUCGGGAAGGAUCUGGAAGGAACUCAUGGCAACCGAUCCUCAACUGUUCGAAGACGUGGGACUUCAUCGGGACAUAGUACGUAUGUACGUGGAGCCAAUCGCGUUGGACGCAUCAGUCAAGCUCAACCGAAGGCUUGAUGCACUUCUCCAAGCUCCUCCUCUUGAAGAGUUUCUGAGAUCAUACCCGGAAUUUCGAUCAGCUGCCGAGUCGGAUCAUCUCGCAGGAGGCAUCACGGUGGACGGGUUUACUUUGAACAUUCACCUUUUCGUCGCCAAGUUAAUAGAUCAAAUAACUACCCUGGGCGGGCAGUUUGUCUGGAACAACGAAGUGAAGAGCAUUCAGUGCAACUCGAAAGGCGAAGUGACCGCACUUCUGUCGCUUAAAGGGGAUUUGAAAGCGGACCACUUCGUCGUGAGCCCCGGGACGACUGGAAACGCACUGCUUAACGGAACUCUCAGCGAGAACCUGGUCCACGGUGUGCUGGGGAUAUGGCUGCAGAUUCCCAACGUGGAACCGCAAUUGCAGAAUUCUAUGAAGAUUCACCGACGAGGCCACAAGGUAGAAGACAUCAACAUAACCGUGGCCAAGGACCGGGAAACCGGUGAGAAUAUCCUCAUCUUCGGAGGUGGGUACGGUUAUGUGGGUUUGGACCGUCCGGCGCCAAGUUCGACGGAACUCAACGCGCUCUACGACGAGUUGGAAGAGGUAGCGCGCAUCUAUUUCCCGCGGGGGUAUGCCGCAGCAAGAAAGCUGGGACCCAAGGCAAUGUACCCGGACGGAAACCGCAAGUACUGCGUCCGGCCUUUCACACCCACGGGCCUUGGACUGUUUGAGAAGAUCCCCACCGCCAACGGUGGUCAGCUGAUCAUCACUGGCGGCAACAACACAGGCGGAUUCGCACAGGCACCAGCUGUAGCGCGUGCUGUAUUGCGAUCCUUCAUGGGCGAGCCUGAUCCCAUCCACGUGCUCUUCCAUCCUGACCGCGGCAAGCUGCCCUCAAUCAUUGCCAGUGUGGCCCGAGUCCCUGACCCCAAGUCCCUUCUUGGGGUCAUGGAUAACGCCGUAGCUCGGCGACCGAUUAAGCUGCUCCUGCUCUGCUCAGACGGGCCCCAGCACCGUUAUCUACGCUAUCGUCUGGACCAGGAAUUCCCCGGAUACCGCUGCAUCCAAGAGACAAGCGAUGGGCAGGUCCGCCAGCUGAUGGACAAGGGCCGCAUCAUCGACGCAGGCUGGCAGAAAUAUCAUGAGCUUCGCCGCAGCUUUUUCGGCUACGGCCAUCAGCGCAACGCGCACUUUGACCGUCUGAUACCCCAAGGCCACGUCUUACCUGAGCCGGACCUUAUCGUCGACAGCGUCAACUGUCGCAAGGUGUGGGAUGCAGUAGAGGAGUGGAAGCCGGAGCUGACCAUUGUUUCGGGCACGAAGUUCAUUGGCAAGAAGUUGAUCGCGCGCGGGGGGCUCAUGAUCAACAUACACACUGGUCAUCUGCCCGAGUACAAGGGUAACCACUGCAUUUUCUUCGCCCUUUACGACGGAGCAGUGGAUAAGGUCGCUUCGACGCUGCACCAGUUGACGUCCAGCCUGGACGGAGGCGAUGUGUUGGAUCGGGUUUUCCCGCCGGUUCUCCCGGCCGAUAACGAAGAGACUUUAUAUACCAGGUGUCUGGAGAUGUCGAUUGAUCGAUGCGUGGACCAUGUCGUACGGUUUUCCCGCGGCGAAAAGCUGGAUUUCCUGCCGCAGAAGGCAGAUGGGAACAUGUUUCGACAUCGAGACCGUACGCCAGGGAAGGAACUGUACGUGUGGUGGAGGCUAAAUGCCGGUGGGCUUCUGAGGACGCAGGAUAAAACUGAUUGA